ACUGCCCCUCCCCUUGCCCUUCUUGCCGUCCUUCUCCCAUGCUGUACAAAGGAGCAUCCCUCCCUAAGAACAACCAAGCGGCUCCGCCUGUUGACGAGUAGGUUUCUUGGUCGUCUCAUCCCCACCGCUUCCGUUUCGGCCCAAUUCCCAGUCUCCGCCACUCGCUCUCCGACUCAAUCGCGUCCUCUAAUAGCGGAACACGGGGCAUCGUCGUCGUCCCGUCAUGCCCAGCUCCGCAGCCCCGUUGUUCCAUCGACUCAAGUUUACACACACCCCGCGACGUCGCGCCCCCAGACCCUCCCACUCCACAUGAUGCCCCCUCGGCCAAUGCCAGCCUGGCGGCGGACGUGGCGGCUGUCGUGGUGGCUGACGCGGCGGCUGACCUGGUGGCUGACGUGGCGAAGAGCGGGGGCAUUCCCAGCGAGCCCCUGCUGGGGUCUGCUUGGAGCCCCGGCGGCAGGAAGUAUCUCCUGGCGCUCUGCUCCACCGGCGGGAUGUCCAACCACCUCUUCUGUCUGCGCGAGUUUGCUCUGCUGGCAGCUCAGCAUGCCGCUCUCCCUGGUGUUCGACCUGCCCUUCCUGCGAGCCUGCUACGGCCCCAAGACUGCCCUCACCCUCGACGAGUACAAGCAAUACGUGGGCAAGGGCAGUAUGGAGGUGACCCACGUGGUGUGCCUUGUGCGGGGAUGCCACGUCGAGCCAGACGCUGUGGCACUCAGCGCCCAAUUCACUGCCAACAAGGGCCGCAUCAGCCUGAAGAACGUGACAGUGCCUGCUGUCGGGCAGUGGACGUGGUCUGGCCUAUUGGAAAAACACACUCUUCAUGAUUUUCUCAAGGUCUACAGCGGAGUGGGCAAUGGAGUCCUCAUGAUAGGCGAGUUCAAGAAGGGUGCCAUCCGGACAGGGUGCCAUCCGGACAGGGUGCCAUCCGGGUAGGGUGCCAUCUGGAUAAAGUGCCAUCCGGCAUCCAGCCCCCCAGCCGCUGGUAGCAGCAGCGUGGCACAUAGUGCAGAGCUAUCUGCUCAGUUGGUGAUUCCUGGCAGUGCACUUCAGACGGGGCGACUUCAAGGACUACUGCCAGAAGAAGCACCCAUCAGACAGCUGCUUCCUCCCAGUAGCGCAGGCAUCGCGGUGUGUGCGCGCUGCUGCCAUCACUGCCGGUGUGUCCCUUGUGUUCCUCGCCACCAACGCCCAGACGCACGAGGUCCAGGAAAUGAAAGCUGCGCUCGAGGGGCAGCAGCAUGGGCAGCAGGGGCAAGGUGUUGAGGCACAGCCACAAGGACCAAGCAAGGCACCUCGUGUGCAGCAACAAGCGCAGCACGAGCAUCCAUCUAGUGUUGAAUCGCAACCAUUGGAUCUGCAACCCCAGCCAUCGGAUGUGCGAUCCCAGCCGUCCAUGCCUGUCAUUGCUCGCCGCAUGCUGCAUCAUAAUGUUGACAGUUCCAACACUCCUGCAGACAAACUUCUAGAUCCUACAACUGUCAACAGCAGCAGCACUGCUACCGGCAGCAGCAGUGCAGUGCAGCUUGUGACUUUAUCGCAUCUGCUCUCUAAAGAGGACAACAGCACCUGGCUUCAGUCACUUACGAAUAACGUGAGUUGGCAAGGCCAGUAGAGCCCUGCUGUGGGUUUCUAGCCUAGGGCCUGUGAGGAUUAUUGUCUCACUUUUUAAUGCCGAAUCUGUGUAAGCUAUGGUCCAAAUAAAGUCCCGCGUAGUAGCACGCUAUGCGCUAUGCUCUUCUCUGUGCUCUGCUCUGUUCCAGCUGUCUUUGUUGCGA